AUGGCACCUGAUUUGAAGGAAUAUGAUGAAGAACAAGCACGUCUCAUGGAAGAGAUGUGUAUUGUCGUAGAUGAAAAUGAUAAAGCUAUUGGUGCUGAUUCAAAAAAGACUUGUCACUUAAUGACAAAUAUCAAUAAAGGGCUUCUACACCGUGCCUUCAGUGUAUUUUUGUUCAACUCAGAAGGCAAACUCUUACUUCAACAACGUGCUACUGAAAAAAUCACAUUCCCUGACCGUUGGACUAACACAUGUUGCUCUCACCCUCUCAGUAUUCCUUCUGAAAUCAUUGAAAAAGAUCAGUUGGGUGUUCGUAAUGCUGCUCAACGCAAAUUAGAACAUGAAUUGGGUAUUAAGCCCGAACAAGUGCCUGUGGAUAAAUUUAAAUAUUUGACUAGAUUACAUUAUUUGGCUCCUAGUGAUGAUUCUCAAUGGGGUGAACAUGAAAUCGAUUAUAUCCUUUUUAUCAAGGCUGAUGUUGAUUUGAAUAUCAGUCCCAACGAAGUACGUGAUGUCAAAUAUGUUACCCCUGAAGAACUUAAGGCCAUGUUUAAUGAUAAAGACGUUUUGAUUACACCUUGGUUUAAGCUUAUUUGCGAAUCUUUCUUAUUCAAGUGGUGGGAUCAACUUGGUACGAUUGAGAAUGUUGAAGUAGACCAUACUAUUCACCGUUUAGGCUUUUAA